AGAAUCACGUGAGAUUCUCUUGAGCGCGUUAGAUACCAAAUAGAUAAACAAUGCAUUUUGACAAAAGACUAUACAUUAUAACCUGUUGUACUUAAGAGCACAGGGGCCGUUACAAGUGAGUUUGGACAAAAAGGCUGCCAAUAUGAAGGUUAAGCAUGUCUCAGUUCCAGUAUGUCCUUGUGGUGUUUCUGUGUGAAUGGGAACGUUGCUGUUGGCUCAGGUGAACAGAUUUUAUAGGCUAUGUGUAGUAGAAGGAAAUGUUAACAGCACAAUGGGAAACUUCCCUCGUAUCGGGGUAGCAUGUUGUAUUUUUGUUUAGUUGACCCAUACUGUAUGGCUGUAGGCCUAGUUCACACUUUCAAAGAAAAUCUACCAAAAAUUCAAACCAGCAAGCCAAACAAGGCAAUAACUACAACAAAACGUAAGUGUAUAAACAUAAAAACUCGAAUAUAAUCUAUUACCAUGCAUUCAUCAUGCAUCUAUGAUUUAUUCACAAUUGGACACUGUACCUUACUCUAUUUACAUAUUUUAUAUUGCUAGUGUAUUAAAUACAGAAUACGUAAAUCAACAACACAAAGCGACAUUACAAUAAUUAUAACUAGAUUUCUCAAAUGAAACACUAAGCCAAGCAUCUGUCUACUUUUGAAUUGAAGUACCGAUUAUACAGAAGAAAAUUGAUGAAGAUUAUAUCUAUUUCGCGACAGUUUACGGUAAAACAUACUGUCUACCAUCCUCAUAAUCUGAAAGUGAAACAUUAAUUUACAGCUAAGGUAUCAACUUCAUUUACAUAGCUAUCAAGGUGACAGCUAUGUAAUUGUGUUCCGGAACUCCAAGCAAAACUAGUUCGGCAACUCAUGGACAGUACAGGUGCUUCCCAAGGUGAUCGAGAAGGCUCACCACAGCAGGCCUCUGUGUCGGCGAGACGAAGCAGCGUAGACAGCGGUUACUCCACGGUGGUACCGCAGGCCGAGUCCCAGCACGUUGGGGUGGAGGACAUCGUCUGGGACCGCAGCUCAGGAGCAGAGGGAAGUGCGGACGACGAGAGCCAGCCUGUUUGUGCGGACGAGCCUGGGCCCCACCAGGCUGAGCCUGGAGCUCCGGGUCCCACGGAGGGAGGGACUGGGUCUCGGGCAGAAUGUGAAGGGGGCCCAGAGGAAGGGGCCAGGGGAGCAGAGGCCCAGACAGGAGGAGAUGGACAGGAGCUGUGUUCAGAGCCAGACGGGCACAGAGAAUUUCAGAUGCCUGGGGGCGGACAGAUGGAAGCGGUGUGUGGAGAAACAGCCGCCGAAGCAGAAAUCUCAAGGGCAGAAAAUGACAACGAUGCACGGCAGAGUAUACCAAGGAGAAGAAAUAGCAAUGAGUACCAUCGUCCAAGACUGACAGGAGAGAAUCCAUUGCAGAACAGCAAGACAAUAUAAAAAGCAAAGAAACAUGAUAUGCUGGAGCAGGAAAAUCUGAACAACCGAUGAACCAUGGAAAAGGUGUAGGAAACAGACGGGAAAACAGUUAAUGCACAUGAUUUUCUUUAAGCCUCCUGCAAUUCAUUAUGUUGUUCUCAGAAUUUUAUGCAGAUAUUUGUAUGAAUUUAGAGUCAAUGUACUUGGUUUUUAGUACUGGGUAUUUUUAUUUGAUUCUUACCUACAGAUAUUUACUACAGUACCUUUCUUGAGGAUGAAAGCAGUGCUGUUCCUCUUUUCCAUGUUUGUCAUGCAAAAGUUGAGUUUACACAAAUGAAUUGGGAAAACCAGGUGCUUUGACUCAAUUCAAAUUCAGUAUUCACAGGUCUUUGACUUUUUAGUUAAUUUAGUCUUUUUUUAAAUUGAGUUAUAAUGACUUAUCCCUCUUUUAAGUUGAGUCUACUAAAUUCAUUUAGCGGCAUUGCAUUUACAUUGCAUAGUGUGGGACCCUUCACAAGAAAUUAGCAUUUUCACAUGUGAACUGUUUUUUGCAUGUGGUUUUUUCACGUGUGAAUGAAAAUUCCCACGUGGAAAAAAAUAGGUCAAAUGAUGUCAUGUGAAAUUCAGGUGAACUACAAUUUUCACAUGUGAAAACAAAACUUGUGACUUGAAAUAACAUAGGUUAACUUUUUCUGCUGUCAUCUACUUAUAAAAGUAGGAUUAUUUUUAUAGUUUGCAUGUGUACUCUUCACAUGUUGGUAUUUGAAUGAAUGUGGUUUUUGAAUGUGAUUUUAUUCAUCAAAUCCGAAUCUACCAUUUAAUGUAUGCAGGUUGAAAUUGGUUGAAAGUCUCUAUUUGAAUUGAAAUUAUCAUAAGAACUACCCUGUCAAGAUGAAGAAUUGUAAAAAGAUGCUCAUAAUUUUAAAUUUCACUAUAAUUACUUGUGAAAUAAAAUGGUCUGAAAUGGUCUAAAAACCAAAAAUGAACCCAAUCCUUAAGUAAAUUCAUUAUUGUUAAACUAUUAGGGCCUACACAUGCAAGAUAAUGAUGAAUCACUGUAACCUUGGUUGCAUUUUUCACUUUUUUUAAUUUAUUUGAAGUAUGGAAUGAAAGUACUUUCCAUGCUCAUGUUAAGCAAUCAUUUUCAAAUCAUGAAGAACAGGAAAUUUUGUCACACAGUAUUUUGCGGUCAAUGUUUGCUUAGAAAUGGGAAUGAUGGCAGUGGCCCUAAUCCGAGUCCACAAAAGUAAACAUUCCUCAGUAUUCCCAGUUAUGCAUGCUGUGUUGCGGAAGAUACUUUGCCCCUAUGUGGAAACUGCAUUCUUGGUAUGUAUGUUUGAAUAUGUUCACUAUUACUACCAGUAGGUCUAUGUCUAGAAUGAUGAACUCUUCUUUCUGCCUCAGUGGCAAACACAAUGUCAGCACAUUUCUUGUCUAUGUAGAGUUAAAUGACAAAAAGUGUUUUUUUUUUUUCUGUAGUCAUAUAAAUCCAUACCGUUUGUCUAUACUCAGAGAUGUUUACCCUGUCUUAUAAACUUACUUGCUGUAGUGCGUGUGUUAAAUUAAAAAUAAGCAUUUUCGUUAUACAUGUUUCUCCUUAUGAACACUAGGGGCCACUAUGGGACAGAUAUUGCUAGUUUUCUUCUAAUAUGUAAUUAUAUAUUAACAGUAGGUUUUUUACAAAUCAGUAGUACAUUGAAACAUAGUACAUGGGUUUACCCCCUGUGUAUCAUUUGCAAAAAAAGGAAUCUACUCUAAAUAAAAAUGAUGGCAGAUGAUGCUUAUUCCUUGACGAAAGUGAUGUUUUAAUUGUGUACUUCAGUUUUCUCUGUGUGCACUCAAAAUGACAUUAAACCUAUCCAAGGUUG